AAGAAGAAAAAAGAGAGUGGAAAAGGAGAAGAGGGGAAAAUAGAAGAAAAGCCGGCAGAAGAGAGGAGAGGGAAGCCGGGCGAGCCCGAAGUUGGUGGCAGGGCGGGCGAGGCGCGGGUGGGCAGGGCCGGCUGCUGCCCCGCCCCCGCCCCGCCGCCGCCGCCGCCGCCGCGCCCGCUGCCGGCCGUGCCCCCGCUAAAGGAGGCAGGGAGCGGGGCGGCGCGGCAGUGCGCACCGAGCCGCGCCCGCAGCCCCGACAGCAGCCGGCAAGAACCGCGCCGGGAGGGAUGCGGGGCGCCGGGGACGAGGCAGGGACGGCGAACGCAGGCCCCUCGCCGCUGUGAGCCCCCGGCCGCCGGCGGGCAGCGGGAGCGGCGGUCUAUCAGCGUAGGCGCACGGCCGCUGCGCAGACACGCGUACAGCCGUCGUCCGACAGCACCGCCGCUUUCCGCCCCGGGAGCGUCCGCCGAGGCGCAGCCUCGAUGCCCGGCGGGACGGCGGGGCCGCCGCGUGUGGCUCCCUGCUAGAGGCGGCGGCCCCCGCGGGUUGGAUGCGCGUCGCCGGUGCGGGCGGCACCCCCGGGCCGGCCGCCGGGGCCCCGCGGCGCUAGGGGCCGUCCGGGCCCCCCGCCCCGGGCCGGCGGUGGCACGGGGAUGCUGGCGCUGGGGCAGAUGGACGGCGCGCCCCGGCAGGGCGCCUUCCUGCUGGGCAGCCCGCCGCUGGCCGCCCUGCACAGCAUGGCCGAGAUGAAGGCGCCGCUGUACCCCGCGUACCCCCUGCCCGCCGGGCCCGCCUCCUCCUCCUCCGCCUCCGCCUCGCCCGCCUCCGCCUCGCCCUCGCCGCCGCUCGGCUCCCCCGGCCUCAAGGCGCCCGCCGCCUCCGCCGCCGCCGCGGGCGGGCUCUCGGCGCUGGGCACGGCCCCGCCGCAGCUCUCGGCCGCCACCCCGCACGGCAUCAACGACAUCCUCAGCCGGCCCUCCAUGCCCCUGCCGGGCGCCGCGCUCGCCUCCGCCUCGCCCUCCGCUUCCUCGGCGGCGCCCGCCGGGCUGCUGGCCGGGCUGCCCCGCUUCGGCAGCCUCAGCCCUCCGCCGCCGCCGCCUCCCGCCCUCUACUUCAGCCCUGGGGCCGCCGCCGCCGCCGCCGCCGUGGCCGCCGGGCGCUACCCCAAGCCGCUGGCCGAGCUGCCCGGCCGGACGCCUAUCUUCUGGCCGGGGGUGAUGCAGAGCCCGCCGUGGAGGGACGCCCGCCUCGCCUGCGCCCCCCAUCAAGGCUCAAUUUUGCUGGAUAAGGACGGAAAGAGAAAACAUACAAGACCCACUUUUUCUGGCCAGCAGAUUUUCGCUCUGGAAAAGACUUUUGAACAGACGAAAUACCUGGCGGGCCCGGAGCGAGCCCGGCUGGCCUAUUCCCUGGGGAUGACGGAGAGCCAAGUAAAGGUCUGGUUCCAGAACCGACGGACCAAGUGGCGGAAGAAGCACGCGGCGGAGAUGGCGACGGCAAAGAAGAAGCAGGACUCGGAGACGGAGCGGCUGAAGGGCGCCUCGGAAAACGAGGACGAGGACGAUGACUACAACAAGCCCCUGGACCCCAAUUCGGACGAUGAGAAGAUAACGCAACUUCUGAAGAAACACAAGCCGGGGGGCGGCGGGCUAUUGCUGCAUCCCUCGGAGGGGGAGGCCUCCGUCUAGCCUGCUUCGCCCGCCGCCGCUUUCGGAGAUGUACAGAUCUAUUUUUCUAGACGCCCAGGAGGAGGAGGAGACGCCGGAGGGAGAGCAGAGAGGACUGCCGGCAGCGGGCCCCGGCGGGCGCGCCCGGUCCCCCGCGCCGCGCGUUGUUGUAGGGUGGCGGGCGGAGAGGAGCGGCGGGGGCUGGCCCGACCCCCGGCUCCGCUCCCGGCCGUGCGGCGGCCGCGUCUUUGCCGGCUCUUUGUAAAUAAACCGUGAGUCACCGCGACCAUAGGCGUUCCUUACUGUGAAUAUUUAAAAUGUAAUAUACAUUCUUUUUUUUUUUU